CGUGUAUGACUGUGUCAUGUGACGACUGAGUCAAAAACAGCUUCAAAACCUUCAGACUCUUUACACUCUGUUCUUUGUUACUCUGAAUGUUUGUGAAGCAGCGUAAACACACAACAUAUAUGUUAACAAGUUGGACUCAUUGGAUAAAACCAACCAGGUUGUAGGAGGAGUAUGCAGUACAAAGCUGUCUGUUAAUAAUUGAGCUCAUUCUGCCUGUCUCCAAGUCCUCUGCUCAUAAUGAUGCUGCAGAUGGGGAUCUUGUGUCUGGCUCUGCUGGGCCUGAGCUCAGCGCUGGUCUGUCCGGAUGGAGGCAUGUGUGAAGACAAAAACACCUGCUGCAAGAACACUGUGGGAGGAUACGGAUGCUGUCCACUACCUCACGCUGAGUGUUGUUCAGACCAUCUCCACUGCUGCUAUGAGGGGACGGUUUGUGAUCUCGUCCACGCCAAAUGUGUUAAUAAAACAGUGUCCCUGCCCUGGAUGAGACGCGUUCCCACCAAACGGGCUCUGCUCGGCCCUCAGGUAACGCUCAGGGAGAGAGUGAAAGCAGUCAUUUGUCCGGACGAGGAGUCUGAAUGUCCGGAUGACACCACUUGCUGCCAGCUUCUUGACGGCACCUGGGGCUGCUGUCCAUUACCUAAGGCGGUGUGUUGUGAGGAUAAACUCCACUGUUGCCCCGGGGGAACCAAGUGUGAUCUUGCUCACUCAAAGUGUGUGUCUGCCUCGAUGGAGUCCUUCCCCAUGCUGCAGAAACUGCCUGCCAGGAGGAGGGCGAAUAAUCCAGCGUCUACCGUCGGUUCAGUGACAUGUCCUGGUGGGAAAAGCAGCUGCCCAGAGAGUUUUACAUGUUGCCUGCUAACCAGUGGAGACUACGGCUGCUGCCCUUACACAGAGGCCAUGUGCUGCAGCGAUCAUAUCCACUGUUGCCCUAGUGACACCAUAUGUGACCUGGAGCAUGGGAUCUGCAAGUCUGGUGACACGAGCGUGCCAAUGCUGAAGAAGAUCGCUGCCGUACCCAAUGACGUUGAGUGUCCAGACAAGAAAUCGGCAUGUCCUGACAAGACAACAUGCUGCCAGAUGACCAACGGCACAUAUGGCUGCUGUCCGAUGCCCAAUGCCGUCUGCUGUUCAGAUCAUGCCCACUGUUGUCCUGAAGGAACAGAGUGUGACCUCUCCCACAGCACCUGUGUGUCCGCCCAAGGAGAGAACACUAUGACCUCGAAGAUCCCCGCUGCUGCCACAGAGCUGGUGGCCGUUCAGAGCAAAGUCGGUGCUGUUCCCUGCAACAACACCGUGGCCUGCGCUGACGGAAACACCUGCUGUAAAUCACCAGUGGGAGAAUGGGCUUGUUGUCCGCUACCUAAGGCCGUGUGUUGCGAUGACCACCUGCACUGCUGCCCCCACGGCACCACAUGUAACCUUGCAGCCUCCACGUGCGACGAUCCCUCAGGCAGUACGGUGAUGCCCUGGCUCAGCAAAGUGCCCACCUUCCCCUUACUGACCGAUAACAGUAAGUGUGACAAGACUACGUCGUGCCCUGGGAAAUCCACCUGCUGCAAGACGGAAAGCGGAGGCUGGGCCUGCUGUCCUCUGCCGCAGGCUGUGUGCUGUGACGACCACGUCCACUGCUGCCCUCACAGUACAGUCUGCAACCUGGAGGCUGAAAGCUGUGACGACCCGUCUGGGUUCUUAUCUUCCCUCCGCUGGGUGGAGAAGGUGCCGGCUCUGACCGCGGAGGUGGAGGAUGAGAAAUGUGACAAGCAGACGAUGUGUCCAGGAGGCACCACCUGCUGUAAUAAAGGCUCGGGACAGUGGGCCUGCUGCCCCUUACCUCAGGCCGUGUGCUGUAACGAUCAUGAGCACUGCUGCCCCAAAGGUUACAAAUGUAACGUGGCUGAACAGGCGUGCGACAAACCCGGUGACCUCAGCCUGCCCUGGCUGCAGAAGAUACCGGCCCUGCAGAAAGAGCCCAGUCGGGCUGUUUCCAGUCCAACUCUUCCGGCCAGGAACAUGUGUGACGCCCAGACCAGCUGCCCCAGAGAUACGACCUGCUGCUUCAUGGAGAAGACUCACAAAUGGGGCUGCUGCCCUCUGCCGAAUGCGGUGUGUUGUAGGGACGGAAACCACUGCUGCCCCGGCGGUCACACCUGUGAAGCUCACCGCUCCUCCUGCUCAAAGGGCCCCCAUGUUGUCAUACCCUGGUUCAGCAAGCUGAGCGCCCUGACCGAGCCGGGCGCCGUGACGGACGUUAAAUGUGACGACAAAAGCAGCUGUGCUGCAGGAACGACCUGCUGUAAACUGCAGACAGGAGAGUGGGGCUGCUGCCCGCUGGUCAAGGCGGUGUGCUGUGCGGACCAUGAGCACUGCUGUCCUCAGGGCUACACCUGCAACAUGCAGACCGGAACAUGCGAGAAGAAGGACCACGACGUGCUCAUCCUCAGCCUCCCUCAGAGCAAAGUGGUACAGUCCGAGCUGAGAGACACCGAGGACGACGCAGACGUUCCCUGUGACGGCACGGGGGAGUUUCACUGCCCUGAGCAGGACACGUGCUGCAAGGUCUCAGCCACAGAGUGGGCCUGCUGCCCCUCACCCCGGGCGGUGUGCUGCUCCGACUCAAAGCACUGCUGUCCUGCAGGAUCCUCCUGUGACCUGAAGGCUGGAGGUUGCAGCCUGCACCCCCAGCUGACCUGGGACACUUUGAUUGGGGAGAACAGAAAGAAAGACUUUGUCCGACACAGACUUUAAUCCCACUCAAAGGUGCAGUGAUCUUCUUCCAUAUUGAUCCAUAACCUCUAUCUACAGCUCAUGUUGUCUAAAGACAAUUUUCUCCACUUCCUGUUUGUUUUAUCAUUCACAGAAGUGUAUUUACCAAGUGUGUGCACUCCUGAGUAUUUUUGGUGGUAGGUGUGGAGGAGACUUGGUGGCUAUGAAGACAUUAUAAUGAAUUAGAAGCAAUUUUAUACCUUAACUUGAAGUGUAAAAAGUUGUUUUGCACCAAGCAGAAAUGCUCACUUCUUGAAAAUCAACAUGUAGAUGAUACACUGUGAGAAGCACAGUGACUUACUGUGUCUCUACGAUAUAACGGAUAGCGUUAGUUUCAUUCUAUAUUUUUCUUAUUGUCAACAUAUCCCCUGCAAAGAUCAAAUGUUAGUCCUUCUCUCAAUUAGGCAUGGGCCGGUUACCGUUUUGAAGGUAUACCGCGGUUUGAAAAAGUCAAGGUUUCAUACCGUUGCUAAGGUAUGAGCUGUUAUGAGUGGACAUAAGGACAGGAAGUGCAGUUUAGAAAUCUGUCUCCCUGCCAGUGUGCAGUGUGUUUAAAAAUCCAAUACAUUGUGUUCAAUGGGGAAAAAAAGUUUUUUAGCCAGAAAUAAAAAAAAAAAAAAAGAAGCUGUAAUUACAAUACCGUGAAACCGUGAUAUUUUUGCUGAAGGUUAUAAUACCGUCAGAAUCGUAUACCGGCCCAUAUCUACUCAAUACUUUCUGAGUCAACCCCGAGCCUGUUGGUUCCUACAAAGUUGGACAGGAAGUUUCUCUUUGACUGUUUACGGGUUCCAUGUUCACAUGUCAUAAAGGGUUCACAAGUCCUUUAAUACAGGCACCGUGGUUUUUAUCAAACGGGAGGAAAUAGUGCAUUUCUUGGGGACUAUUUUCAGCGGCAGAUUAAUCCACAUUUGGUGCUCUAGUGAGUAUUUGUAGCAGCAGGACGGUGUGUGUGGGAUUGAGUCACAAUAAAAUACAGUUUUGGGAAGAACAAAGAAGCUAUAUCUUUAUUACACACACACAAUACAUGUGAGCAGAUACAUUCAGUAUUGAUUUUUGGUCUUUUCAUGGAUUCAUUGACAUUAAGAAACCUAUAUCACAAGUUUUAUCCGUGAAGCCCGCUUCAUUGUUUUUGUUUGAUUGCCCUGUUUCAUUUCUCUAUGGAAAACGAGAAACAUAUAUACAGUUUAUUUCAUGUACUUGCAGCCCUAUUGUGGGCAACAUUUGAUCCGUUAACUCCUAUUUGGUCGAAGGUGUUUCUAAGAAUAGUUAUGUUCCUCUCUAUGGCCCCACUUGGAAGGAGGAAGCAGCAUUUCCGUGUUUAUUGCUUCAUGGGCACAAGUUUUUGGCUGUUAAUCUGCUCGCCUGUGGAGGCGAUUUUUAUUUUCUUUAUUCUGUCUGUGAUUUAUUGAAAAGGCCCUGGAUAAACGGAGGUGAUUGGUUACAAGUUGGAGCUUUUUGUUUUUUUGCUACACACUUACCGGUAAUUAGAGCACAAUAAAACAAUUAUUGACUGUACGAAUAGCUCGUGCCUUCUAUGAUUUUACGGUAAGAGGGGCUGGUGGGUCAGGAAAAUGCAUUCCAACAUUGGAAAAGAAACCAUGCCUUUUUGUUUUCCGACAUUUUGGGAGGUUGAGUGAAGAUUUCUGUUGACAGCCAAGACAUAAGAGCCAAGCGGGUCAUCUUAAUGUCGUGAGGAAACCAAUCCAGGGCUCACUCCAUCAGCAGAGGACAAAAAGUGACUCUGAUCUGGUUUGGAGCUUUUAAACUACACAGAUUAACCUGUAUGUCUACAUUUUUUGUGUGUUCAGUCAUUUCAAUUGCAGCAGCUGUAGAUACAUGUUGUCAUCGAGAGACUUUUGAAGUUUCCAAACACUGAAAGUUGUAGAAAUACUGCUCUUGAAUUGUGUAAUUGGGUGGAUGUUUUCACAGAGCUGUUUCUAAGCCAUUAGGGAAAUUGUAAUUGUAUU